AUGGCGGUGCCCCAUGCGGCUGAUGACGGCGUGGGGAUGACUGCGGGAACAUGGGGACGCAGCCCACCCCGUGACGGAGCUUGGCGUGCAGUGGAGAAGGACCAGGGGCCUGACAGCUACAGGAGGGAAUACAGUGACAUUCAGAAUAUAUUGACUGAAGCAAGGCUAAAUGUAGCAGACGAAGUAAACAAUUCUUAUAAAUAUGGCGAUGCCAAGAUGGUCAUCAAUUCAGAUUUGGAGAAAAGUUUUUUGCAAAAAAGCUUUAUGAGGAUCCUGGACUAUAUCAUGCAGGCUGGAAAGCCCUCGAUCAGGGCACAAAACAGGAACACGGCGGAAGCCCACAGGCAGGGCACUGGAAACACGACAGGGAGCUGGACACAGAGCAGAAAACCCUCAGCACAUGUGGUCAGGCAAGCCAGAUCAGAAUCAGAAGAUCACAGGAACAAGCAGUAUCACAGGAAACUAUGUCAGAGCAAGCUGGGUCAAUACCAGGAGAUCACGAUUAAGAGCCAUAUCCGGAGCCGAGAGCAAGGUCAGGACAAGCUGGGUCUAAACAGGUCAGAGAUGCGUGAACUUGGAAGGCACGGAAGAGAGUUAGAAGUAAACUUCUGCUUCUUAGUACUGCCUUACAAUUCUGCCAUAGAUAUAUGUCAGCAAGGCUUAAAGGUGAACAAUACACCCUCAAAACACCUAGGCAACCCUCUCAUGGGGGUAUAUCUGUUCAGGCACAUUGAUGUUGCAUUGGCUUCUUCUAAACAAAAGAAUGAUAAGUCAGACACUGUUUUAGUGUUCAAGGUCCUGUUUGGUAAAGUAAAAAAAGUCCAGCCAAAUGUGACUUUAAACAAGCCAGCUCUGGAUCCAUCCCCAAACUCUGACAGCCACAUGUCAAAAAAGGCACCAGCAUUGAAUGAUCCCUUUGAUGAACAAGUUGCCAAUUCGUUGUCUAGAAUGACUAAAAUACAUGACACAUAUGUUAACAACGAGAGCAAUAUCUCUUCAGAGGUUCAGGUAAAUUUUUCAUGUGAUUCUCAAACAAAAUCUACCUUCCGUGACAAUGGGAAAGUAACUCCACCCUGUAAAGUAGAUGUGUCUUUUUGCAAUGCAGAUUUAUUGUUGAAACCUGUGCAAACCAAGUUACUAGGCAGCAUUACUAAAAUGGCUGCUCCACUGCAAGAUAACGAUGCCUUAGCUGUGAAUUGUACAGAGGUUGACAAGAACCAAAACUUUGGCAUGACAGCUGAAGAAUCAAGUUGCAUUCAGUAUUUAGGCAACCGGAUUGACUGGAAAAGCCUUUUUGGUAUGGAAACUUCAGAAAUACUAAGUGAAGAGAUGAAACAUUGCAAAGGCGGAACACAAUUAUAUCAGUACAAAGCAAAAACAGAAAAAGAGCCUGGUGGGUUAAGAAUUUUCCCAGACAUGCAAAUUAUUAUUACAAACAAUUGUAAAUCCUUUGAGAACAGUGCGAGUAUACAUUCAAUUUAUACAAAUACACCUAUAGAAUUUCAAACUUUUGAAAAGAAAAUAAGUGAGUAUAAAAAUGAACCUUCAGAUGAUCAAAUUACUGACGGGCAUGUGCAUGUUUCAAAUAAAGUGAGUAUUCAGAGUCCAAAAGCAUAUAAAUCAAGGCCAAAUAGAAUAUCUAACAAAGUGCAUCAAGUACAAUUGAAUACAGAAGAAACUAUCCAGCCUAAAACUAACAAUGAACCUGAUGGGAAAGAAAUUACAUCUAAGAGACGUACAAAGUUUAAUAGGAAACUUGCUCAUAUUGCAUCAGAAUACAAACAUUCAGACAACACAGUUAAGCAACAGCGACUAAACAACAAAAAUGUACAUAGAUUGGUCUUUAAAGCGUCUGUUGGUAGAAUUAAAAAGUUCUCUCAAUCAGAGGAAAAUAUUAAGAGUGUUUUAAGCAUGCUGUCUGAUGAAGCUACAUUGUGCAAAAGUAAACGUAUAUCCAAAAAAUUAGACAGAGCCAUACUUCAUCUAAGAAAAGCCCACAAGAGAGUUCAGAAGUCUUUGCAACUUGUUAAGAGGCGUAACAAGACUAACCCUCAAAAUGGUGAAGUAAUCACUGUUCAGAGAACAAACAGCAUGCAUUCUAAUGUUACCAAACAUACUGAGACAUGUGACGAUACAGAAGAUAGGAUUAAGACAGUACCAAACAAUGCCGCAAUUGAAAAAAGUAGUAACCACAUUUCACAGACAUGUACAUAUGUUAUCUCUGAGGGAAGUCAACCACCUCAGUCAAGCAAAGAAAAAUUGCCAACACUUUCUAUUCCAGAAGUACCUGAAAACAAACAACAUUCCAACACAGUUCGUACACCUAUUAGGACCAGCCAGAAGGGGCACAAUGCAAUGGGGCAAAGGCAACUUAAUGAAGUAGGAGAUACUUCUGAAGGAAAGUUGUUGAAUGAUGUAGGUCUGUCCCAAACAAAAGCUUUACCUGUGUACAAAAUGACUAAGUUAGCUAUGAAGGAUAUGACAUACAACAACCAACUUCUAGCAAGGGAUGAAAGUGUUCAUACAAAGCAAAAUGCACCUCUUAACUCGGAACAAAAUUCGGUUUCUCUUGUCAAAGAGCUGUCUAGACUUUUACAAAAGGUUGAUGAAACAGAUUCGCUAAAAUCUUUGAGAGAAUACAAAUUGACUUGCAAGAAAAUGUUUCCUACAGUCAUCAAAACCUUUGAGAAGAAGCAGAAGUGUUCAUAUGCAGAUGUCAUAACUGACCAAAAAUUGUUGACUAACGGGAAUAUUAAAGUUGCUUUCAAGUGUGUCCUGAAGCCAUGCGCCAUCGAAGCAUUCAUCGAAUUGCAAAUGAUGAUGGAAACCAAACAAUUUAUAGAUAACCGAAUCCACUAUUUACAAAGACAGCCUACAUUUCGGAGUCUACUUUGGUAUGACAGCUCACUUUAUGGUGAAUUAAUUGCAGGUGAAUCUGGUUAUCAACAACAGUCACCAUUGUACAGAACAUUUCAAGAAAAAUUGAAACUUUAUCCACUAAAUACAUUGCAGAACCAUUACCAGCAGCUUAGCGAGCUUCUGUGUGGCAUACAUGAAAAUCGUAGUUCUUAUUAUGUGUUCCUGAAAUACAGAAGAGAAAUUGAGGAGUGUGAAGCAGUUCUUAAGAAUUGCUGUGACCUGCCAGAAUUUUCUUUGUCACUUCCAUUAACAUGCGGAGUGCAUAUUGGAGACACAAUAGAUGACUUAGAAACCUUACAAAAAAGCACUUUGGAACUCAUAAAGACCUAUGCCAAUAGUCCUAGGUGUGACCCAGGAAAGCGGGAACAUGCGUUAUGCUUACUGGAAGUAAUCUCAGCAAAAAUUAUUUUUAUUAAGACAUCUGAGUCCAUAACAAUGCAGUUAUCCCUUUUUGGCAUUGAGCACUUACUCUUCAAUGCUGCCAAGAAGUUGGUUCUGAGACAACAAUCAAACUACAGUGAGCAAAAGAAAUUGUCUAGUUUUACAAAGGAAUUCAUUCUUACAAUAAAUCACUACGCCCUGUCAAAAUUAUAUGAACUAUAUGGUACUCCAAAUGAAGAAGUAAUGCCAGUCCAGAUAAAGGAUGAUUUGAAUAAUAAUUCGAACAGAGAUCUUGCCUUUCACCCUCAACACCAAAUGCAUUAUGUUGGUAAGAUCAUUGACCAAGCACGUUGUGCAGAACCUCAUCAGUUAAAACAGAUGAUACUAGACUGUAGGGAGCAGUUAAAUGCCCUAAUAAAGUACUUUCAACUUUUGCAAGAGUGUGAUGCAGAUGAGGUGCUGAUCACAGAGAAGAAUGUUUUAGAAGCAACUCAGAAACAAGACCAGCUAGUAAUUCUUUUGAAACCGGAAGCUGUUGAAACCUACAUUGAGGUUGGUAUGAUGUACGAGACAAUACACUUCCUCAGCUCUUUACUGAAGAAGAAACAAGACAGGUCUAGGGGCCUAUUAUUUUAUGAUACUUCUCUUUUCCCGAACUUGCUUCACAGUCAGCACAAGAUUGUUUCUUGCCUGCAAGGGAAUUUAACAUCUAAUGCCUUAGAUGUCAUAGAGAGCACAAUAUCUGAGAUAAAGUCAGAGCUGGAGAUAAUUUGCGACUACUCAGAGUCAGUGAAUUAUACAUACGCUCUUCAAAUAAUGACUCGAGAACUUUCAGAGUUAUCAGAGCUAAAAAACUUUGUUUUGGAAUCCAAGCCCACAAUUAGUACAUAUAUUCCUCUUUCUCCAUUUGUUGUCUCAGUCCAUUAUGGAAGCACUUUAUCCGAGCUGGAAUAUAAUUACAGUCAAUUUUCUGAUUUGCUUGGUCUUUUAAUGUCAGUCCCUAAGAAGGAUUUAGGGAGAAUGGCGCAUACUAUGAAAGUGAUGAAAACCAUUGAGUUGAUGAAAAACAUAGUUCUGAAAUCAAAUAAAUCAGCAUUUAAUGUAAUAAUUUACCAAUUGUAUAAAAACAACUGUGAGCAAGACUUUAUAGGAGAGAGAGACAAAAAUAGCAAAAUGACGGAUAAACUGUCUCCCAGGAAAAGAGCAAACAGUCACACACAUCCAGAUAAAAGUGAUCAACACCUUGACUUCAGCCCCAAAAAACAAAAGGUCUUAAAGUAUUUGCCAAGCAGUUCUGCAACAGUUGAACAUCAAAUACUUGCAGGAAGCCCCAGCAGACAAAGAGAAAACAUGGAAGAUACAGUGAUCCAGAAAACAGCAGACAGUGAAAAUGAUACACAAGACUGCACGGAGCAGGAUCCUGAUUGUUCAAGUCACAAAGAUGACAACAAGGGAGAAGAUUUAUCUUCUUUGCAGGAUAAUAUACAGGCUGAUUUGAAUGAAAGGAAUAGUCCAUCCAGGAUACCAAGCAGUAGCUCAAAUAACCACCUUGGGAGCUGUGCUUAUCCUUGGCAGUAUUCUCUAUACUUUUGGUAUCAAAAUGGCAGCAAUACAAGCCUUGUGACCCAGUCAUAUCAGGGUGUAUCUUAUAAUGCACAACGGAGCUUUCCAUAUGGUGAAACCCCAAUGUUCUCUGCUGAGAAUUCUUAUGCUGCAAACCAGGCUUACUUCGCCAACCAGUCUCAGAUGUGUCCAAUGCCUGGUCCGUUUGGCAUAGGCACUUACUACAAUUACAGUGCUCCACCUUCGCAAUUUCCUUAUGAUGCUUCACCAAGUACAGUGUGGUCAUGGGAUUCCUGGCAGUAGUUUUAUAUCACUUCUACAUUAUUUUGCUGCAUUCUUCCUUGGAGAUUAUAAAAACCAAAACUGACCCAAAAAUCUUCAUCCUGGAAAUAGGAAUUUUUUCCCUCCAUGCCAGGCAGUGUAUGUGUGCAUAUCCUUGACAUUGCAUUGGAAUUGCGAGCCCUAUUUCCCCUCCUUGAGUGAAGCUUUGUGUGUUGUUUGCAGUUCUGUAUUUUCUUAAAGCCUAGUUUAGAUAGUAGAUAAUUUAAAUGCCCAUGAGAAUACAACAAACAGAUUUGUGAGCUAAAAUGUUGCUGAAAGUAUCGAUUCUCUAAAGUAUAGAUUCUGUAAAGGGUAUUUAAAAAAUAAUAAUAAAAAAAAAAACAGCCAAAAUUUUGUCAAAAAGUUUCAUAACACUUUUAACUAAGUAACAUCUUUAUCCCAGCAAAUGUGUUGGGAUAUAUUGUUUCCAUUCAUAAGUAAUUGUUUUUUAAAUUCAGUAAAUAUUUUUUUAUGCGUUUAUAUUUGUGCUAUGUAAUUGCAGUAUUUCUUUUGUAUAACCAGAUAAACCACUUCUAUAUUUUUGUACAUUUAAAAAAAAAGAUUUUGUGUCUGUUCAUUUAGCAUAUAAACAAAAUGCUUUUGCACAUAUA